AUGAUGAUGGGAGUCCGAUUUCCAGGUUUGGAAAAAAACAUUGCUGGGGAGGAAUCCAAUGAAUUCACUAAUGAGCUGGAGAAAACUGCAUAGUUUCUUAGUAAAGUUCUUGCUGGUAACAUUCUAGCAUCAAAGUUACUAGCUGAAGUAGUUCAUUAGGAUGUUGCAUUUACAGACCCACUGGAUACAGUAAAGGAGAUAAAUAUUCCACAAGAUAUUAUGGGUAUCUGGGUGGAUACUAUAGAUUCCACUUCCCAGUAAAUAAAAGGUUCUACAGAUAUCUAGCCAAAUCAAGGAGUUUUCCCAUCUGGGCUUCAGUGUGUAACUAUUUUAACUGGAGCAUAUGACAUACAAACUGAGAUGCCUUUGAUGUUAGUCAUCAAUCAACCAUUUGCAGCACAAGAUCCAAGGACAUUCAGGUGAAAAGGAGAAAUAUUUUUUCAAUGGGCGUUUUCCCUGGGAAAAGGAUUUCACCCAUGGUCUCAACAUGCAACUGGUUACAAAAGCCUUUGAGUUAUACAAGGUUUUAUUGAUAUUUACCUCAUUUCAGAAGAUUCCACGUUCAAGUGGAACUGCUAUGCCCUGCAUGCCAUGCUGAGAUCCUUAGGAGGAGGAAAAGUAGACUUGAAAGAAUGCUUAAUGAGAAGACAACAAAUAGUGCAUGAUGUGCCACAUUUACUAUAUAAUGUAGAAGUUUAAGGGGCCCCUGAAACAGAAAAAUGAGCCAAUAAAGGUGGGGUUGCAGCUUACAGAUCUGAGAAACAUUUGGAAAGCUUUAAGUCUUCUGAUUAA